AACUAACGCGAUCGUUAUAAAGGUGUUUAAACAACAAUACACUUCCACUUGCAUGUAUUUGACAAUCGGAAUAUCAGAUAUUUCAUACCAUAGAUAGCUAACACAUUUGUGAAUUUGGGCCUAAUCUAGGCUAUCCAGGGUUGUUGUUUUUCUCCUUUUUUUUCAUUGCAUCUGAAAAUGACUUUAUGCAGCUCAUUCGCUCUGGCGCAGAUCCGCCUCUCGUGAUGCUCAGCUGUGGACGAUUUAAAAAUGGGUGCGUUUGACUUGAAGCACUACUGCAGACAGUGGAUUCGCUUUUUUGUUGUUAUGUUUUCUAUCAGCAUCAAAAAUACAAUGAAUGAAAGUGUUUAUCUGUAUUUCUGAUUAAUGAUAACUAUGCAUAUACAUUCAUAAAUCAGUCAAUUUUGUAUUUUAUUAUGAGAUAUUUUAUUCGAAUGUGAUCAGUGACUCAAGCACUGAUGGACCAAAGAGUGCGCAUUUCGACAUUUGCAGUUAAAACUUAAAAUAUAAAUUCUCAGAAAAUGCAUUUAAUGCCAAUAUAUUGAAAAGUCUGUUUAUAUACUCCAUUAAUAAAGGAGUCAAGACAUUGGAAAAAAUCAGUCCACAUGCGUUUUAUAUUUAUCAUAAAACUUCCAUUAUCGAUUAUCACAGCUUUGAUUCCUCAAUGAAAAAGUCUGCAUUUUCUAUACAUUUUGUAGGUAUCUCUUGCAAGUGAUUCAGUUUUUUUUAUUUUUUAUUAAAGAGUUUUAAUUUUAGGCACACACAGAUAACAACAAUCAGAGUAUGAAUCUCAACAACGGUGACAAACAGCAUACCGUAAAACUUCAAAUAAUAGCCGAGUCCCAAAUAGACGCCUGUCUCUUUUAAACGCCUGGUGUGACAACAGGUUUGGGUAAAUAAAGGCCGGUCUCAAAUAGAGGCCUGGGGCCUGUUGCACAAAAGUAGAAUUAAGACAUCCGGGAUAAAUGACUAAGCUGAGCUCAAUAAAGCCAAAACAUGUGCGUCCAGGCUUAAUUGGUUGCACAAAGACCAAGCCAGGAUGAGCAGACACGGAUUCAUUAAGCCAGGUGAAACCAAUCCUGGAUAGGUGCGCGCUCACGGCUCACUCAAAUAGACCCCGCCACAGAUCACAGAUUAACUGAUUUACCAUGGCAACUAGAGCCGCGUACUUUUCCCCGUCGGAAGCACAAAUCCUCAUGGAGGCAUACGAGGAGGUAAAAGAUAUAAUUAAGAAGAAAGGCAACACCGCCACAGUGAUAAAGCAAAGAGAAAAAGCGUGGCAAAGUAUUGCAGACCGCCUGAAUGCGUAAGUAGUGCACAAUUACACACUCACCGCUCCGCUGAAACGUCACAAUUACAAAUCAAAUAUUUAAUUCACAUCUCCAAAAACGCAGUUGUACUGUAAUUAUGAAACGGUUCAUUUUUUUAUUGAAAUGCACUGCAUAUAUGAGUGAAAUUGUGUAACGUAACUCCAUCACACUGUAUAAAGCUAUGAUAUAUUAUUAUUAAAGCCUUACAUUAUUAUUUUACGUUACUACGCUCAGUGCGGUUUAAUAUUAGCCGUUGUACUCUGCUUAUUAUGUUGUCCACCGGUUUUUUUGUGUUUCCCCUGCUUUUAUUAAUGUAAAGCAGCUUUGACCGAAUGAAACAAUUGUGAAAAGUGCUAUAUAAAUAAAAUUUUCUUGAAUACAUAGAUGAGCUAUAAUAAUAAUCACUUUAAUUUAUAUAGCGCCUUUCAAAGGACCCAAGGUCGGUUGCUCACUGCACUGCAAAAAUGUCUUUCUUACUUAGUAUUUUUGUCUUGUUUUCAGUAAAAAAAAAAAAAAUCUAAAAAAAAUCUUAAAUAUUUUCUAGAGCAAAAUAACCUAGGAAAAUAAGCAAAAAACUCUGCCAGUGAAACAAGAGAACUUUUCUAAAAGUAAGUGUUUAUGGAAAAAGUAAACUUAUUUCAAGAGAAUUUUUCUUAUUAUAUUGACAGAUAUUUAAAUUUUUUGCUUGUUUUAAGCACACAUUUACUUGAAGUUUAUAUUUUUGGUCUAAACCUAUACUUAUUUUGCUAGGUCAUUUAGAAAAUCAAGAAAAUACAUCUUUAUUGUUUUUUUUUAUUAUUUUUACUGAAAACAAUACAAAAAUACCAAGUCAUUUUUGUCAGUGUGACUCCAUUAAAUGUUCUUGUGAUAAAUAAUGUGUGUGUGCGCGUGUGAUGUAGAUUAAACAUGAACAGGCCAAAACGGACAUGGCAGCAGGUCAAAAUCAAAUACAAGAACAUUCUGCAGAAUGGUAUGGUCCCUGACUAAUAUUUAACAAAGCACAAGCAUAUAUUGUACCCAGAAGGUGCCUGCUCACACAUUGUCUGUACUGUUUUAGCAGUGAAAAAGAAUACCCACAGACAAGGCACGGGUGGUGGGUCACCAAAGGCUGACCUUACCCCAGCAGAGGACAUGGCCUUGGAGCUAAAUAAAGGCAGGCCCGUCUUAGAGGGGAUCCCUGGGGGGAAAGAGACGAGCAUAGGUCCCUCCCAAGAUGCCACCCGCUUCAUUCAAGUGUCUGGCAGCACUGUGUUCCUGUUAGAGCCACCAGCACAAGCACCAGACGAUGCUGAUCCAGGUGAAAGCCCCAGUGCAGCAGCAACAGCACAUGAUGGAGACGAUGAUGAGGAGGAGACCAUCUCUCUGGAUUCCAGAAGGCAUGAGGACCCAGAUGCUAUACAGUGGGAAAACCAGCCUGGCAACAUAAGCUCACAAGCUAUCAGAAAGUUGUAUGGCAACCACCUCCGGCGCCAAAUAGAACUGGCAGACAUAGACAUUCAGUACAAGAAGAAAAAGAUAGAAAAUCUUGCACUGGAGUCCGAAAUAAAAAAGAGGACAAUUAGGAAACUGGACCCUUGAAAUAAAAAAACUUGAGCGGGAGCAAUCAGUACAACCAAGUCAUCGUUAUAAGGCACCAGCCUCUUUUGCCCACCCCCCCAGCACCAGGUGUGGCCACUAGCCUAUAUGAAGGCCCAAAAUUGUGUGUUCCUUUCUGCUCUGACAAUGGCAUGCCCAUUCUUGCGAGAUGUGGUGGAUGAAGAAGCACUUGUGCUGAGGAGAGCCUUCAGGCGAGAAAGGGUCUUCAGGGACCGGUUGGACCCACUGGCCUUCCCUGAUGACCAUCUAUAUGAAAGAUGCAGGUUUUCUGCAGAUGGCAUCAGGUAUCUAUGCAGACUACUGGGUCCCAGGAUUAAGCACCGCACUGCACGGAGCCAUGCACUGAGUGUGGAGCAAAUGGUUUGUGUGGCCUUGCGCUUGUUUGCUAGUGGAGCCUUCCUGUACUCAGUGGGGGAUGCAGAACAGCUGAACAAGGCCACAAUUUGCCGCACAAUAAGGAGUGUGUGUCUGGCUAUCAAAGCAUUAGCAGAUGUCUUCAUCUCCUUCCCUGGCCACAGAAGACUCUGUGACAUGAAAGAGGAGUUCUAUAGGAUUGCUGGUUUCCCCAAUGUCAUUGGUGCAGUGGACUGCACACACAUAAGGAUAAAAGCCCCCUCAGGUGCCCAUGAGGCCGAUUUUGUGAAUAGGAAAUCCUUUCACAGCAUUAAUGUUCAGAUGGUCUGCAAUGCUGACUGUGUGAUCAGCAAUGUUGUGGCGAAAUGGCCUGGCUCAGUCCAUGACUCCAGAAUCUUUCGGGCCUCUGAAAUCUAUCAGUGCCUAUCACAAGGUGAAUUCUCUGGUGUGUUGCUGGGAGACCGGGGGUAUGGCUGCCAGCCUUUUCCCCUGACACCUUUCACAGACCCCCAGGAAGCACAGCAGGCCUACAACCAUGCCCAUGCCAGGACCAGGGCCAGAGUUGAAAUGACCUUUGGCCUCCUGAAGGCACGCUUUCACUGCCUUCACAAAUUAAGGGUCAACCCUGUUCGGGCAUGUGAUAUUACUGUGGCUUGUGCUGUCCUCCACAAUGUGGCCUGCCUGAGGAAGGAGAGGGCCCCCAGAGUGCCACCAGCCAUGGACUGGGACAAUCCGGCAAUCUUCCCUGAUGACGACAGUGGUCGGCUGCUGAGGGACCAAUAUGUGUUGAAUUAUUUUAGUUAGUAUGUGUGCUUUCAAUUUAGGUAAAAAAUGUCCUGCUGUGGCAGAGGAAAUAGGGUUUUUUUGUGUUGGUUUUUUUACGAAUUUGGCCUCUUAUGAUGUUUGUGCGGUAUACUGUGUGUAAUACAAGGCUGCAGGGAGGCUACUGCAUCCAUUCAUUUGUCUGUUCAGUUGAUGUGUAUGGAUUUGUCCUGCAUUUAUUUCAGUGUGCAGACAUCCAGGGUGUGUUAUAUACAGACCUUUGAAUGUGUAUGUAUCAUUUUGUAUAAUAUGCUUUGAUUCUGUGCUUUCCAUCUUGUAGAGUCACUGUGACUUCAGUUUCGAAAGGAGCUGAUAGUUUACCUGCUUUGUUUUGUCCUUAUUCAAUAAAGGAACAUAAUGUUA